AUCAUCGACAAAAUUCAUCUCAAUCACUUGGAAGUAAUUCACUGGGUUUCAAUUUCCCCAUCAACUCAAACAGUUCAGUAUGCGCUUUUAAGUAUAGUAGUAGUAGUACGGUGACAGAAAAUAACACCGAAUCAAAUCCAGUGAAUACACGUAAUGACAGUCUGAUUGAUCAAAUUCAAAUGGGUAAUUUAAUUAAUCCUACACUUUUAAACUUAUUUGGAAUCAAUGAUACUACAUAUUUUUCUCAAAUAUUUCAAAAUCCAUUAGCCUACUUUAUGCUCCCAAUGAUAUCACGUCUCAAUUUUGACAUGCAAGCAAAUGAGUCGAAUUUAAAUACUCCCAUAUCUAAUCAAUCUAUUAAUCAUAAUUUAUCACCCCCAAUUGUGAAACAACCAACAUCAACAUCAAAUAAAAUGAAAACUAAUCAUUUGUCUGAUUGUAAAACACCGAAUGAUUCUUCUGACAUUCAUCUAAGCCCUCCUACUACUACUACUACACAAUCCUCCAAUAUGCCCAAUAUUCAAAAUAAUAAUAAAACUCAUCAUCAUUGUGAGCAUCAAACACCAAGAGUGCUUUUUUGUCCAAAUUGUCAACAAUUAUAUACAUCUCAGUAUCUUUCACAGCUACCGGCUAAUUCACACAAAUCAGAAUCGUUUGUAAUCAAUACCAAUGAAAUGACUGCAAUGAAUCAAAAUAUUGAAAGUGUAAAUAAUCUAUCAUUCAGUAAUGAUGUAGCAUGGACUUUGUCUCAACUUUCAUCUGUAGCUCAUCGAUUUGGAUUAAUAUUGGCUGCACCAUUAGUGACAGCCAAUGGUUUACAGUACAUUCCUGUUAAUAUCACUCCUAAGACAUUAGAACAAUAUAAUUCAGAAGAAUAUCAAAACAAUAAAAGUGGUAACAAUCUAAAAAAUACUAAUAAUAACAGACAAUGUACUACACCAGUUGGAUCAUGUGAAUUUAUCAAGGAUUCAUUGACUGGUGCAAAUACUACUACUAAUAACAAUUUCUCAGCGACAUUAUCUCCUUCUACAAAUUUAUUUGGCAUUAAACAAUCGGACCUAGCAUUGCCUCGAUUAAUGAAUACUUCAAAUAUAUUAGAUUUGUCAGCCGCGCCAUCGAAUUCUCACUUAUUCAAUGCUGCUUGUUCAAUGUUCAAUACAGUGAAUGAUUUCAGAGAUAGUCAGCAGCAGCAACAACAACAACAAAAACACCAGAAUUCUAGUCAAUCACAAAAGAAAAAAGAACAUAUCGACAUGGUGAAAGAGUUGAGUUCUAGUUCUAGUGGAAUUUUGCCUAAUAAUUCCUCCUCAUUAAAAUUACCAUGUAAUCCUCCUAUAGAAGAACUGCGUAAUGAUUGUUUCCCUGUAUUAUUGGAUAAUCAAACAUCUAUGGAGAAUUUCAACAACAAUAUAGAUAAAAAUGCACUUUAUGCAUUUUCUCAAAUGUUAUUACAAACAAAUGGAUUAUCGCCAAUGAAUUCACAAACAAUACCAUUUCCAUUCACUGUCAAUCAACUUUUACUGAUGUUGUAUGCUUCAUUGGCUAAUAGUCCUAUGAAUAUUCAGUCGUCAUUGAAUUUGAAUCCAUUGUUCACUGGACCUACGUCAAAUACUGCCACUAAUGUUAGUUCACAUUCAGUCAGUGCUCCCCCUGUUUCUUCAACGAAUGCCUUGAAUGCUGUUGUUAAAACAAUCACAGACAAUUGUGAUAAUGAUACUACUAACAAUUCGAGCUUUAUUAGUAGUAUUCAUAGUAAUAUGUAUAGAAAAUUUCCUUCAUCAUCAUCUAUACCAUUUCCUCCGAUUUGUAUUAAUCCUUCAGGUUCCGCUUCAUUAUCCGAUCCACUGAUAAAUGCGUCCAAUCAUAAUACAUUACAAAAUUCAUUCCCCACGCCGACAACACCAAUGUCUAAUCUUCCUACUGCCGGUGUCCUUACUAAUUUAUCAACACAUUUAAGCCAAAAUUUCACGUCUACAUCACCAUCGAUGAAUAAAUUAGAGAUGAAUUCAACUGGUACUCCUAUCAGUACCAAUAAUACUACUGUAAAUGAUAAUAAUAAUAAUAAUAAUAGUUCAUCAAUUUUCAAUUUACUACCAGCACUCAAACUGUUGGGAUCAAUAUUUCCGCAAUUUUCAACGACAGAACAAAGCCAACAACCACAACAACACGAAAGUCAAAUGCAACCGAUCAUUGCUGAUUCAUGCUCCACCAAUUCAAAACAGAAUAAAUUAUCAUCAACACGAGUAGGGAAUACAGAACAAUUGAUUAGUCCUGCGACAUCACCACAACCAACUGUUUUACGACCGUAUUUAUGCAGAUUUUGUCGGACUCGUUUUCAGUCAUUUAGUACUUUCCAG